AUGACAAGACAAACCAGUGGAAACCCGAAUAAGAAAGUCAGCCAAUUGGAAAGGGACGAAAAAGUGGCAGAGUUGAAGUUUCAAUAUGAUCUGUUGACGAAUGAACUGUAUCAUUUGAAGGAGUUUGUCUCAUUAUUCGAAUUUGAUCCAACCUAUGCAAAUGAAUCUGAAGCAUAUUCUAAAUUUAUUAAGGAGAACAAGUUAACACUGGAUGCUCCAACCGAAAAUAAUAACAUUAAAUUAAACGAAAAGAUACGAAGACGACAAUUGAGAACGACAACCAUAAAUAACGUCACCACUGAUGCUGAUGCAACUGAAAUGUCCUUCGAAUCAAAACUAGAGAUGAUCCAGCCAUUGGUUCAGAGGAGAUAUAACGAGUUAACGGAAUCAUCACAGGUUUCAAAGAAUAAGGAACCCCGUAUGAUGCCAAAAGUGAAGAAAGAAUCCGUAUUAAAUGCAAAAGUGAAGAUUAAAGCUCCAAAAGCAAAAAGGUCAUACAUCAAGAUGAAGACAGAAGAACUGCCCCAGGAGAAAGAAAAUGGUCCAGAAAUAUAUUCAACUGAUGCAAACAAUUUGCAAUAUGACGGUGAAGAAGAGGACGACUUUUAUUUCACAACCUCGGACGAAGACGAUUUCAAAGCUAAACCAGGUAGGAGGAAGAAACAACCACGUCUUAAUUUGACACUUCAUCCCCCAAGACAAACGAUCACUAACCCUUUACAAGUACACAAUUCCAAAUAUAAGUCCCUCUCUGAUUAUUUAAACUCAUUUAAAUCCUUAGAAGAAGAUAUGACCAUUCCAGAGUAUGAACAUUAUUUGGCGGAACAAAGGGAAAUCGUAUUGAAGAUAAAGAGAGGUUUGAGAAGUGGAGCUCUCGUUUUCGAUAAAGAGACAGAUUCCUUACAACCCAUGACGACAAAGGAAGCAAGACUGAUUCAAGUAAAUAAGCCCGAUCCGAUUUCUUAUCAUUAUAAAGAACAAAAUUUAAGCGUCCAUAGAGAAUACUUGAUUAACCAUGGCAUUUAUAUGAGUAAGUUAUUUGCUAGUGGGAAAAGAGCAAGAAUUGCAAGAGCAAAAAAGGUCUCUUUGAUGGUUGAACAACACUUUAAACACCUUGCUGGUGCAGAUGAGAGAAAAUUGAAAGAAGAGGAACGACAUAGGAAAUUAUUAGCUAGAACUGCAAUGCAAGCAGUGAAAAAAAGGUGGAACAUGGCAGAAAAAGCGUUUAGAGUUUUAAAAAGGGAUGAAGAGGAUCAAUUGAAAAGAAUUCAGGGGAAAGAACAUCUAUCGAAGAUGUUGGAAAAGAGUACUCAAUUAUUAGGUGCACAGUUGAACCAAAAUAAAGACGGAUCGGUGACAAACGGCGAAGGGUUAACCUCCGAUGAAAAUAUGGAUAGUGAUGAUGACAUGUUAUCAUCAUCCUCGGAAAAUGAGAGUGAAACCUCAAAUACAGCUGAUCAAUUGUCAACCUCGGAAAUUAAUGACGAAUCUCUUUCAAUCGAAGAAUUGAAAAAGAAAUACAAUUCAUUGGAAGCAAAUACCAUAGAUCAGAAUAAAAAUGAUGAACUGACGUCAGCUACCGUUAAUGAAAAAGAUUUUGUAUUAGAUGAAUCUGAUACAAGCUCAUUGGAUCCAGUAACCACCGACGAAUCUACUUCUGAGGAUGUAUCGGAUGAUGAGGUUGAAUCCACCGAAAAUCCGGCUGAUUUGACUUCUCUUUUUGCUACAAAUGAGAUUACCAGUGAUAUGGAAGACUCAGAUGAUUUUGUAAUGAGUGAACCAGAAAGUAUAACUCCAGCAUCAGAAACUCCUGAUAAGGGAGAACUUCUUCCAAAUGAAGCUGGAGCUGAAAAUUCAGAGCAGGUAGUUCCAAACGAGCAGCAGUUGUCUGUGGUUGAUGUUCCUGUUCCCUCAUUGUUAAGGGGUACUUUAAGAACAUAUCAAAAGCAAGGUUUAAACUGGCUUGCAUCACUAUUCAAUAAUAAUACGAACGGUAUCCUAGCUGAUGAAAUGGGUCUUGGGAAAACAAUUCAAACGAUCUCUUUAUUAGCCUAUUUAGCGUGUGAAAAGCAGAAUUGGGGACCACAUUUGAUUGUUGUACCAACUUCUGUCUUGCUAAAUUGGGAAAUGGAAUUUAAAAGAUUCUGCCCAGGUUUGAAAGUGUUGACAUAUUAUGGUUCUCCUCAGCAACGUAAGGAAAAGCGGAAAGGUUGGAAUAAACCAGAUGCAUUUCAUGUUUGUAUUGUAUCGUAUCAACUUGUUGUUCAAGACCAACAUUCGUUUAAGAGAAAAAAAUGGCAAUAUAUGGUAUUAGAUGAAGCACAUAAUAUCAAAAAUUUUAGAUCAACCAGAUGGCAGGCCCUUUUGAAUUUUAAUACUAGAAGAAGAUUACUGGUGACAGGUACUCCUCUUCAAAAUAAUCUAGCAGAAUUAUGGUCAUUAUUGUAUUUCUUGAUGCCACAAACUGUUAUAGAUGGUAAGAAAGUUUCUGGUUUUGCAGAUUUGGAUGCCUUCCAACAGUGGUUCGGCCGACCUGUAGAUAAACUUAUUGAGACUGGUGCUGGCUACCAGCAAGAUGCUGAAACUAAAAAGACUGUUUCGAAGUUACAUCAGGUGUUAAGACCUUAUUUAUUGAGAAGAUUAAAAGCGGAUGUCGAAAAACAAAUGCCCGCCAAAUAUGAACAUAUUGUCUAUUGUCGACUAUCAAAAAGACAAAGAUUUUUAUAUGACGAUUUUAUGUCAAGAUCUCAAACAAAGGCAACUUUGGCAUCGGGUAAUUUCAUGUCCAUCGUGAACUGUCUGAUGCAACUCAGAAAGGUUUGUAAUCACCCUGAUUUAUUUGAAAUGCGACCUAUUUUGACAUCAUUAGAAAUCGGAUCUUCUGUCCCCAGCUAUUAUACGGAUACAAAUAGAUUCGUUCAUAAAAUGUUAUCAAAGAAUGGUAGCUUGGCUGCCAUUGAUCUAAAAAAUCUAAACUUGAUAUUUAACGGGAAUGAUGAACUGUUAACGACAAAUACGGCAGAGACCAUUUCGAAACUAAAAUGUCUCGAUGAAUUUACAAACGCGAUAUCUUGCCUUCAAAAACAAACAAAAUCCGAAGAACUUCAUUCUAACUUUAAUUUCCAGGAUGCUUCUGCGUUUUAUAAAUACUUCAAUAGAGAAAAAAUAGAGCAAGCCAUUGAAUCGUUAGAAUUUUUCAAGUAUAUUAAUACCCUACGAGCUGACACAAAGCCAAUAUAUGGCAGUAAUUUGAUAAAGUUAUUGAAUAUCUAUGACACCAAAGAUGAAACAAAGUCACAAUUACUGGAUAAUUUCAUUACACCUUUACAGACACGUUUUCUUUUGGGGAAAGAUAUAAUCGAAAAAUAUGCAGUUAUUACGCCGGGUGCCGUCACUUUGGAUAUGAGAUAUUUAACAUUGGGUUUGAAUGAUGACAGCUUGCUUGAUCAAGCAGCAAAAUCUACAUUAAUCCAAGAACUGCAUGAGGUAGAUAACCCAUUUCACCAACUACAAACUAAAUUGACGAUAGCAUUCCCAGAUAAGUCCUUAUUACAAUAUGAUUGUGGUAAACUGCAGAAACUUGCGAAACUAUUGCAGGAUUUGAAAGACAAUGGCCACAGAGCUCUAAUUUUUACUCAAAUGACAAAAGUUUUAGAUGUUUUAGAAAGAUUUCUUAAUUAUCACGGGUAUAUUUAUAUGAGAUUGGAUGGUGCUACUAAGGUGGAAGAUCGUCAAAUUUUGACGGAAAGAUUUAAUAAUGACCCAAGGGUUACGGUAUUCAUUUUAUCAAGUAGGUCUGGUGGUUUGGGUAUCAAUUUAACUGGUGCUGAUACCGUCAUAUUUUAUGAUUCCGAUUGGAACCCAGCUAUGGAUAAACAAUGUCAGGAUCGUUGUCAUAGAAUUGGGCAAACUCGUGACGUGCAUAUAUAUAGAUUUGUCAGUGAACAUACUAUUGAAAGCAACAUUCUUAAGAAAGCAAACCAAAAAAGACAAUUAGAUAAUGUUGUUAUCCAAAAGGGGGAUUUCACUACUGACUAUUUUACCAAACUGUCUGUUCGUGACCUUUUGGGGUCUGAAGACAACGAUGGUGCUAAGGAAACUGAAGGUCCAUUAUUAUUGGAUGAUCCCAAUAUUACUAAAGACCCUCGUCAUCUGGAGAAACUUUUGGCCCAAGCAGAAGAUGAAGAUGAUGUGAAGGCAGCAAAUCAAGCAUUGAGAGAGGUUGAGGUUGAUGAUGAAGAUUUCACUGAAGACCCAACAAAAUUGAACUCACAUGAAGAUAAGAUAGAAGAGCUCGAGGAUGAGUACGAAGGUACCGGCCACGUUGAAGAAUACAUGAUCAGGUAUAUUGCCAAUGGGAAUUAUUACUAG